AUCAAAGAACUGUUCUCUGCCUCAGAGGGCGGUGGAGGCAGGUUCUCUGGAUGCUUUCAAGAGAGAGCUAGAUAGGGCUCUUAAAGAUAGCGGAGUCAGGGGAUAUGGGGAGAAGGCAGGAACGGGGUACUGAUUGGGGAUGAUCAGCCAUGAUCACAUUGAAUGGCGGUGCUGGCUCGAAGGGCUGAAUGGCCUACCCCUGCACCUAUUGUCUAUUGUUCUUCUUUGCUAUUAUGAAAACUUCAAAAAGUAACCAGUAGAAAGCUGGAUAUUAAUUCAAACGUGCAGUCAAUUUAAAACACCACCCAAGUUCACUGCCAACCUUAAUGAUGUACUCAAGCUCUGGAAUGAGUUAGAACUGACAAUACGUGAUAAACAAACACAAUUAGAUAAAUCAUCAUGACACAGACAAGUUGGGCCGAUGGGCUUGGUUCCACUCGGUAUGACUCUAUGAAAACAAUUAAAUAAACCAUCAUGACAAAGGCAAGUUGGGCCGAAGGGUCUUUUUCUGUGCUAUACAACCGUAUCAAUUUGUGAAGAAAUAGAAAAAGUUCCAAAUUCUAUCUGCCACUAAGUUUUCAAUAACUGCACCUAUCAUUACUAUAACACAUUGUUUGUGAAUACUAAUAAUCAAACAAACAUCUUUAUAUAAGUCCCUCCAGCAAAAUAAAACAGAGCUGUCAUGCAGGAGCAAUUUCAGUUUAAAAAAAAUGACAGAGCUUAAUAGACAAGUAAAAAUACGCUGGUCAAACCAGAUAGAUAUCAUUACUGCAGGCAGUUUAAAGCAGUGGUAUGCAGCAUUUAUGCAGGAUAGGGCAGAUUGACAAUACAAAUUAUCCUGUAAAGUCACUCACAUGAUUGCAUACUGUUGAACUUCCAGAUAGCUGACAAGGCAAAGAAGAUUCACAUUCCGCUCGAACUCCUUAUGGAACCGAAAAGCACACACCCAUGGUAAUCAUGGAAUCAGGUACGCAUGACUGCGUAGCCGGUCAUAGUGCAAACUCCAUCAUAAAGUUCGCUGACGACACCACUGUUGUGGGACGUAUCACUGAUGGGGAUGAGUCAGAGUAUAGAAGAGAGAUCGAGCAACUGUCCAUAUGGUGCCAGCACAAUAACCUGGCCCUCAACACCAGCAAAAACAAAGAACUGAUUGUGGACUUUGGAAGGAGUAGGAUGGGGACCCACAGUCCUGUUUAUAUCAACGGGUUGAUGGUUGAAAGGGUCAAGAGCUUCAAAUUCCUGGGCGUGCACAUCUCUGAAGAUCUUUCCUGGUCCGAGAACACUAACUCAAUUUUUAAGAAAGCACGUCAGUGCCUCUACUUCCUGAGAAGAUUACGGAGAGUCGGUUUAUCAAGGAGGACUCUCUCUAACUUCUACAGGUGCACAGUAGAGAGCAUGCUGACUGGUUGCAUCGUGGCUUGGUUCGGCAACUUGAGCGCCCUGGAGAGGAAAAGACUACAAAAAGUAGUAAACACUGCCCAGUCCAUUAUCGGCUCUGACCUCCCUUCCACUGGACUGUUUUCUCUGGAGCAUAGGAGGCCGAGGGGAGACCUGACAGAAGUAUCUAAAAUUACAAGAUAGAACAGAUAAUCUUUUUUUGCAUAGUGUAGAUUGGUUUAUGCAUGACAACCAAUCAUAGUAGAAAUAGCAUCACUAACCCCACCCUACUGUACGAUUUAUAUUAACACCUACUUCCUGUACUCCUCAGUCCUGGAAGCAGUUAUGAUGUUCUGACAAAUAACAAUCUUCUGUACUGCUAUAGUAAUACUGAUUAAAUACUGAUUAAAGAUGAUCUUGGAUUUUAGAUUGUAUGACUCAGAUGCUUACACAUAGAAUGAAAAUAUCCAAUACUAGUGGCAUCACUUUAAAAAUUAAAAAAACAUAUUUAAUGAAUAUACAGAGAAUGGUAGAUGGGGUUAAUGGUAAAGGAGAUAUGAUUAUCAUUAUGAGAGAGGCAUAUCGGCACACAUGAACAUGCAGGGAAUAGGGGAAUAUGGGUCAUUGCAAACAGAUGGAAUUCAUUUAAUUUUUCACCAUGGUCAGCAAAGAUCUUAGAGCAGAGCAAGAUAGGCCACUCCUGCGAAAUACAAUGGGCUGACGUGUAGUACUCUACGGAGGGGAUCCUGGGCAUUUUUCCCCGCCCAUUUUAGUAACCGGAUCCUACCUGAC